ACGGUGACUUUUCAGUUUCUGUUUUGCACGUCGCCCUCGCAGGUGCACUCUCUUUCUGUGUGAUAAGCGAACAUCGGCACAAUUUUCGGUGAUAAGUGUCCUAUUAAUUUGUUUUAAUUUAAUUUCAAUCAACGUAAGUUGAAAGGAGCAUCAUCUUUAACCUACGGGGCACGCUUUUAUCUGGACAUCCUACAUAGUAUCGCAGCGCGCUCGCCAGUCACGGAAGGAACAUUGAGAUGGUCGGUUGCAAGUGCUCGGAAUGUUUUCUACUUUGGUGUUUCUCACGCUGUUCCUGUUCUUUUGCACCUCGUCCAUAUCGACACUGUCAACGACGGUGGCGGUGGACGGAGGGGACGUUCCUCUGCUGCCACUGUCGUCGUCGUCUUCAGAUCCACUGCUUACUGCGGUAGUGGCAAGCGGUGGUGAUGACUUCCCACCGCUGAAGAAUGAUAACCUGCUUCGGGCGGCCCGUGGAGAACUGGUGGAUCGCGUUCCGGUGUGGGUGAUGCGGCAAGCCGGUCGUUACCUGCCCGAGUUCCAGGAGGUCCGUGCUAAGCAUGACUUCUUCGAAGUAUGCCGAACGCCUGAGCUGGCAUGUGAGGUCACUAUGCAACCACUGCGCCGUUUCGAUCUCGAUGCUUCCAUCAUAUUCUCGGAUAUCUUGGUCAUUCCUCAAGCCCUCGGCAUCGCCGUAGAGAUGCACAAGGGGGUUGGACCGGUCCUACCCGAACCACUCGUGACACCGGACGAUUUGGAACGGUUAAACACAACCGGAUCUAUCGAUCGGUUGAAAUACGUUGGCGAUGCCAUCACGAUGAUGCGACACAUGCUGGACGGAAAAGUGCCUUUGUACGGAUUCACCGGAGCUCCCUGGACCCUGAUGGGGUACAUGAUCGAAGGCGGUGGCAGCAAAACGAUGUCCAAAGCUAAAGCGUGGCUCGAAAAUUAUCCUGAUGCCAGCCAGAAGCUGCUCAAUCUGCUAACCGAUCAGAUUGUUGAGUACUUGUUGAUGCAGGUCAAAGCGGGAGCUCAAAUAGUGCAAGUAUUUGAAUCGAGCGCCGAGCAUCUCACAAAGGAGCAGUACCUGACCAUUGCCUUGCCAUAUCUGAAGCGGAUUCGGGAUGACCUUCACAAAAAGUUCACCGAAGAAGGUGUCACUCCCGUGCCCAUGACACUUUUCUCCAAGGGAGCCAUGCAUUCCCUGACGGAGCAAGCCCAAACCGGUUACGACGUUAUUGGACUGGAUUGGACGAUUGAUCCCGAGGAGGCACGAAAAUUGGUGGGACCGAACGUGACUCUACAGGGUAAUCUGGAUCCUCAGGAUAUGUACAAAUCGCCGGAAGAAUUGCGAGAACUUGUGCUGACAAUGGUCAGGAAGUUCGGAAAGCAUCGAUACAUUGCCAAUCUGGGCCAUGGAAUCACGCCACAAACGCCAGUCGAAAGCAUGAGUGUGCUAGUGAAAGCCGUGCAUGAUGCAUUGUAGAAUGCACCUCUGUUCUAUAUAAUGUGUCUUAAUUAUGUUGGCUAUUAUGUUCAAAAUUGUGAAACAAGUUGCAUUUUUAGCACGACGAACAAGUGUUAGUAAAAGGAAUACAAUUGGUAAAGGUAGAAAGAAA